CGCCGUUAUUGUAGUAUGCGCUCCGAAGCACUCUGCAAAAAGGAGGACAUUCUUGAAUGUGUAAAUAGAAAGGCAGAUGACAAAAAACUGCGACACUUCUCAAUCAGUCGAUAUGGGUUAGUGGAUAACGAUGUUAGAAAAGUUGUAUGGCCAAUUUUAAUGAGGGGAAAUUGCGAACUACCAGAUAUAGUUAGACCCUGAAAUGGUAAAGCACCAUCCAAGCUAUCAUCAAGUUAAAUUGGACACAUGUCGUAUGACAAGUUUAAUGCCUAAGAACUCAAAUCCCGAAGAAAUUGAAAGUAUGCAACAAAUUGUUACUCGUCUAGUGAUUUCUGUAUUAGUGGAUAACCCUUCUUUACAUUAUUAUCAGGGUUUCCAUGAUAUUUGUUAUGUAUUCUUUUCCGUUUUGGGUGAAAGAGAAUCUCGAAUAUUGCUGAAUAAAUUGAUCCCAACUCAUUUCAGUUUGUUCAUGCAGAAAUCUAUGGAUGUAACUCUCGAAUACAUGCAAUUGAUAUUCGCCUUGUUAGAACAUGUUUCAACUUCUGUACUGAAUAGUAUAGAAUCUGUUGAGUUAGGCCCAGAUUUCGCUAUUGCUUGGAUUAUUACUUGGUUUGCUCAUGUUCUACCUAAUAUGGAUGAUGUCAGACGCCUGUUCGAUUUAUUUUUAGCAACAGAUCCCAUCAUGUUGGUUUAUGUUUCAGUUGCUAUAAUCACUAUCAGUGCCAAAGAAGUGGAAUCAACACCGUUGGAUUUUGCUCUUUUGUAUCAAACACUUGCACGUCUACCUAAACUACAUCCUGUUGAGGAGCUUAUCCAUGAAGCUUUAAAAAUUUACAUCGAUUUAGAACCAGACAAAUUGAUUGAAUUAGGCAAUAAACGUAUUCUAAAAUAUCGUGAGCAAAAAUUACUAAACCGAUCACCAAUAAUACGUCAACCAUUUUCAAAAUCUAUAAAUAAACAUAUAUUAUGGGGAUUAGUUACGCAGCAUCAAAGAACUAUUUUCUCUCUUAGUCUUAUCGUCAUUGUCAUUAGUUAUUUAUUAAAUAAAAGUUUAAAAGACUAGAAAAAAAAGAUGAAGAAAGACCUAGUUAUUACUGUUCAUAGUUAUGUAAUAAAGUUGAUUAUUUUCUAAGUUAUUUUGUCAAUACCUUAUUCAACUUGUUCAGAAACUUCUCUAUAAAUAUAUUUAUUAUUUCUUGAAAAUGCGUUCAAUGCAAGCUGAUGUAUGAAGUAGGUUCACCUCUUUUUAUUUCAGAAAUCUUUCUUCCCUUCUUUUUUUCACCCUGUUUUAUGUCUUUUUAUAUUAUGGAUAUUCUAUGUCUAUGUAGUAUUGUUGGUGAAUUGUAGGGUAGAUAAGGAAUCUGUUUGAUUUUUCUCCUUAGGAAAAUUUAUGAUAAUAAUUUGAUUAUUUAUUUUUAUUAUAUUUGUUUUUUUUUUUUUUUUUUUUGAUAAAUAAAUUUAUGGAACAAA